AUGGAGCUCCACUCCCUGACUAAGAGGAACAGACCAGAGGACCUGUGCAAUGCUGUGGACUGGAGUUCAGGAGGGACUUUUGGUGACCAGGGAGAGGAAGCAGCCGUCAGAGAGGCUCUUUGCUCUCAGAAAAACUCAACAUCCACACCAGGAGCAGCUGUAGUGGAAGUGUCUAGACUUAGCUCUUCUUCAGAACCCCCAACCUCCUUGCUCCAAGAUAACGCUAUUCAGCCAAGCUUUUUCCCACCAGGACCUCCUGAGUCAGGGAGCAGCCAAGUAAUGGCAGACCGUAAAGUCUGCAAUUGUUGCAGCCAGGAACUAGAAACGUCUUUUACUUAUGUGGAUGAGAAUGUCAACUUAGAACAGAGAAGUCAGAGAUCCCCAUCAGCAAAAGGCAGUCACCACCCUGGCGAUCUCGGCUGGGGAAACCCUAACGAGUGGUCCCACGAGGCUGCCAUGUCUUUGAUAUCUGAAGACGAGGAUGACACCAGCUCAGAAGCCACGUCUUCAGGGAAGUCCAUAGACUAUGGUUUCAUCAGUGCCAUCUUGUUCUUGGUCACUGGCAUCUUGCUGGUGAUCAUUUCUUACAUUGUCCCUCGGGAGGUGACAGUGGAUCCCAAUACCGUGGCAGCCCGGGAGAUGGAGCGCCUAGAAAAGGAGAGUGCGAGGCUAGGUGCACACCUGGACCGCUGUGUGAUAGCUGGGCUCUGCCUCCUCACACUCGGGGGAGUCGUCCUCUCGUGCUUGCUGAUGAUGUCUAUGUGGAAGGGGGAGCUCUAUCGUCGAAACAGAUUUGCCUCUUCCAAAGAGUCUGCAAAACUCUACGGUUCCUUCAACUUCAGGAUGAAAACCAGCACUAAUGAAAACACCUUGGAACUGUCCUUGGUGGAGGAAGAUGCCCUUGCUGUACAGAGUUAA